GGCUUCGGACCUCCGCCUCCGCCUCCGCCCCUGUAGGUCUCGGCCUUCCCCCCACCCCAACCGCACCCCCGCCCCCAGCCCGAGGCGGGGAACUGCGGUAGCCAGAAGACUGGGACGAGGAGGAGGAGGAGGAGGAGGAGCGGGAGCAGGGAGCAGCAGCAGAAGCUGCAGCAGGAGCAGGGGCAGCAGCAGCACCAGCAGCAGCAUCAGGCGGCUAAGAGUGGCGGCGGCGGCCCAGGCCCGGCUCCCUAGAUUCGUUCAGGGCCUGGAGGGAGGAUCCGCCAUAUUGGAGCCGGUGUCGGCGGUGUCUCGGGCCUGCGGCGGGAGGCCGGAGGAGGCGGAGGCCGCGGACCUGGCCUCAGCCCGGGGAGUUUGGCUCUGCAGAGGCCCCCGGACCCACCGCCGUGAAUGAGCCACUGACGCCUCGUCUCCUCCCGCCCCACUCCCUCCACUUUCCGCCUCCGGGACAGGGCCGGGCGGGGGCCAGAGGCGGCGGCGGGAUGUUCUCCAAGAAGCCGCACGGGGACGUCAAGAAGUCCACUCAGAAGGUGCUGGACACCAAGAAGGACGCACUGACCCGCCUAAAGCACCUGCGUAUCGUUAUAGAGAAUGCUGAAUCUAUUGACCUUAAACAAUUUUUUGACCAACAUUUUUCACAUAUAUAUUAUGUGUUCUUUGAAAAUUUUUUGACCAUUGAAGUUAGUCUUAAACAGAAAGGUCACAAGUCUCAGAGGGAAGAAUUAGAUGGUAUACUUUUUAUUUUUGAAAAAAUUUUACAGCUUCUUCCAGAAAGGAUUCAUCAGAGAUGGCAGUUUCACAGUAUUGGAUUGAUUUUAAAGAAACUCCUUCACACAGGAAACUCCUUAAAGAUCAGGCGUGAAGGUGUCCGUCUCUUCUUGCUAUGGUUACAAGCUCUUCAGAAUAACUGUAGUAAAGAACAGCUCUGGAUAUUUUCUUGCUUAGUUCCUGGAUUUGCCUCACCACAGUCUGAAUAUGGACCUCGGACUUUAGAUAAUCUCAUUAAUCCCCCACUUAACCUUCAAGAAACCCAAGUGACUAUAGAAGAAAUCACUCCUCUUGUCCCUCCACAAUCAGGAGAUAAAGGACAAGAAGACCUCACAAGCUAUUUUCUAGAAGCACUUUUGAAAUAUAUGGUUAUUCAGGUAAAGAGUUUGGAAUGGAAGAACAAAGAAAACCAGGAAAAGGGAUUUUCCUUCUUGUUUUCACACUUUAAAAAAUACUACUUGCCUUAUAUUUUCCCAAACAUCUGCAAGGAGAACACCUUAUAUCACCCUGCACUUGAUAUCCCACAGAUGAGACCAAAGCCACAUUAUAUAAUGAUAAAGAAGGAUGUUGAAACCAAUGAAACAAUCUGUUGCACAAAGGAGCCUUUCCUCAAGGCUCGUGUUAUAGUCAUUCGUUGGCUGGUUUCUUUCUGGCUUGAGCCAAAACCUCAUACAGGACCUCAAAUUCCUGGAAUAGAAGGUGAAAUCUUGCCAAAGAAUAUUCAGAGGGCAGCUGCUGGUUUGGCUUCUAGAGAAGAAAACAAAAAUGACACUUCUGAUAGAACAGAAAAAACUGCAGAGCCAGAACAGUCCCAUUCUAAUACAAGUACCCUUACAGAGCGAGAACCAAGUUCAUCUAGUCUCUGUAGUAUUGAUGAAGAGCAUCUUACAGACAUUGAAAUAGUACGAAAAGUCUUUUCUUCUAAAAGAAGCCAUGUUAAUUUUGUCACAGAGAUCUUUCGACAGGCAUUUUUAUUACCAAUUUGUGAAGCAGCUGCCAUGAGAAAAGUGGUGAAAGUAUAUCAGGAGUGGAUUCAGCAAGAGGAGAAACCUUUGUUCAUGAAAGAGCCGGAAGAAAUUGAGAUUACUUCUGUAAAUUUGCCUUGCAUUGAGAGUGAUGUAGAAGCUGAUGUUUUAUCAGAAGAAGGAAAAGAAAAACAGGAGGAAAAAGUGACCAAAUCAUCUAGUCAUGUCCGAAAUUCCAAUUGGACAAAAAAUGGCUCUUAUCAAAAUACUCUCUAUAAAGGUUCUGAGGUGGAGGAUGCAGAUCAAAAUAUACGAGCAGGUGCCCAGUUAGUAUUUCAGGUUUUUAUAGUCAACUCAUCAAAUAUAUUUCUUCUUGAACCUGCAAAUGAAAUUAAAAGUCUUUUGGAUGAGCACACAGAUAUGUGUAAACGUAUUCUUAAUAUUUAUCGAUUCAUGGUUGUACAAAUAUCAAUGGAUAAGAAGACUUGGGAACAGAUGCUGCUUGUAUUGCUCAGAGUCACAGAAUCUGUUCUGAAGAUGCCAUCACAAACUUUUCUGCAAUACCAAGGAAGAAAAAAUAUGACACUAGCAGGUCGACUUGCAGGACCUCUUUUUCAGACUCUUAUAGUAGCCUGGAUCAAAGCAAAUCUGAAUGUUUAUAUCUCCCGGGAGCUUUGGGAUGACUUGCUGUCUGUGUUGUCAUCACUCACAUACUGGGAAGAGUUGGCCACCGAGUGGUCAUUGACUAUGGAGACACUAACUAAAGUAUUAGCUAGAAAUUUAUAUAACUUGGACCUAAGUGAUUUACCAUUGGACAAGCUAAGUGAACAGAAACAGAAAAAGCACAAAGGCAAAGGAGCCGGGCACGAGUUCCAAAAGGUAUCUGUUGACAAGUCCUUUUCCAGAGGAUGGAGCCGUGAUCAACCUGGACAAGCCCCAAUGAGACAGCGAAGUGCAACCACUACUGGAUCUCCAGGAACUGAAAAGGCAAGAAGUAUAGUUCGACAGAAAACAGUUGCCAUGAGAAGCCGAUCCAUUGGUGAAUGUGCUCUGCCAUCGGCCUAUAUACGCAGUGCUAAAAGUGCUCCUGUUCUGAUCCAUACUUCCAAACCCUUCUUGCCUGAUAUUGUUCUCACUCCCCUUUCUGAUGAGCUUUCAGACAUUGAUGAUGCCCAAAUACUUCCCCGAACAACUAGAGUCAGACAUUUUUCACAAAGUGAAGACACUGGAAAUGAAGUUUUUGGUGCUUUGAAUGAGGAGCAGCCAUUGCCACGAAGCAGCAGCACCUCUGACAUCUUGGAGCCAUUCACUGUUGAACGAGCCAAAGGUGCAGUUCCUGUCAUUGACACUUCAUCCCGUCAUGCGCCAAGCUUGCAGAGUUCCACAGAGGCCUCUUCAGUAUCUAGAUCCACUGAAAGCUGCAUCAUUGAUUCUAAUAGUAGAGAGUCUUCUCUGGAAGUUGGUGAUAGCAUUUAUGACCAUCUUUGUCAUUUAAUAGGUCCAGUAGAACUUUCAGAUACAGCUUUUGAACAGAUCAAAUAUAGCGACCUUGAAGGAGAUGAUGAUUUUCUUUCCUCUCUGAAAGAAUAUUUUAAGGAACAACAAGAAAAUCAUAGUAAUUAUAAUAUUGGUAGACUUGCAACUUCUCAGGAAGUGAUUGCAUCUUUAAAUAGGGAUGAGAGAUUAUUGACUAGAUUAGAUUAUGUAGAUCAUACAGUUAAAACAGAAGAUAACACCCCUGUUAUAGCAAUGGCAGAGAACAUAGAGUUUCAACUAGAACGAAAUCCAGGUGAUUUCAUAAGUAAUAGUACACACAAUCAGUCAUACAAUUUCAAAAGAUCUCAGGCUUUUGAUAAAUCCAAGCACUUACACACUGAACCUGAAUCAAGUUGUCCAUAUGAUAAAGAAGGAAAAAAGUGUCUUCACAGACAAACAGCUACUGAAACAGAUAUAGGUAUGGACCUAACACUAGCUGAAAAGCUUAAAGGUAUCCACAUUAAUGAAAAAAUUACCGUUCCAUGUGUUAUGGAUGUCAAGAAAGUUCCACUAAAAUCUCCGGUUAAUUACGAAAUGCCUCACAUUAUGGAUGCCUACAAACUUUCUCCAACCAAAAGGAGCCUUUCUGAAACAGUGAGUUAUAGGGCAAAAAUCAUGAAAAAUACCACUAAGAAAAGAAAUAGUGUCCAUGUUACCUUUAGGCCAUCUACUGAAUCUGUCCAGUUUUACAAUCCUCUAGAAAAUAAAGAGGCUCCAUGGAAGGCAAGACUACGCAAGCUCAGUGGCUUCAGUAGUAGCAGCAGUACUAGUAGCAGUGGCACCAAUACUAACAUUAGCUCCAGUAUUGCCACAGAACUAGUCAAGCCUGGUGUAUAUAGACCUUUGGAUGUAAUGAGUACAGCAUCAAUAAAUAGUAAAACAGUUAAGGAAUCUAAAGAGAUACGUGCAACCAUGUUACAGAAAGAAGGUUUUACAGUUAAUCAUUCAGGUAGUCGUAGUGCUCUUAGGUCUUCAAGUCAUGAGUUAGGACUACAACAGGGAUCCCUGGGUGGCGUUUAUAAAACUGUUGUACAUGCUCUUUCGAAGCCGAAGGCAAAUGUUUCCCCACAGAGGCAGAACAGAGUGCCACCAGAGGCUCCACUGAGGGAUCUGUACAGUCAUGUAAUGGGCUAUUUUGGAAGGAAAGCUGCAGCCAGUAAAGAGGACGUGAGUCAAAAGCUGCACCUCCUUAACAAUGAUAUUGGCAGCAGCAGUGCUAACAUUCCUGACCUGAUGGAUGAGUUUAUAGCUGAAAGACUCCGAAGUGGUAAUACAUUGAAUAUGACAAGAAGAGGGAGCAGUCCGGGUAGCCUUGAAGUCCCAAAAGACCUCCCUGAUAUACUGAACAAGCAGAAUCAAAUGCGUCCUAUAGAUGACCCAGGUGUGCCCUCAGAAUGGACCUCUCCUGCCAGUGCAGGCAGCAGUGACCUUAUCAGCUCAGAUAGCCAUUCUGAUUCUUUCAGCGCUUUCCAGUAUGAUGGCCGGAAAUUUGACAAUUUUGGCUUUGGAGUUGAUUCUGGGACACUAUCUUCUACUGGAAUUGAUUCUGGGACAGUAUCUUCUACUGGAGUUGAUUCUGGGACAGUAUCUUCUACUGAAGUUGAUUCAAGUUUAGGAAAUCAACAAAGUACAGAAGAACUGGAUGUGGCAAGUUUAACCACAUUGCACAUAGAUUCUGAAACAAGCAGUCUUAACCAACAGCCAUUUUCUGCUGAAGUUGCAACUAUUACUGGUUCAGGAAGUGUUUCUCCAAUCCAUUCUGUUCUGGGAUCCAGAUCACAGACGCCAUCUCCUGCUAAUCUGAGUGCAGAACAUAUUGAACAGAAAGACCUGCAAUUGGACGAGAAGCUCCAGCACUCUGUUUUGCAAACCCCAGAUGAUCUAGAAACAAGUGAGUUCCCAUCUGAAUGUUGCAGUGUGAUGGCAGGAGGUACUCUCACAGGAUGGCAUGCAGAUGUUGCUACUGUAAUGUGGAGAAGAAUGCUAGGCAUUUUGGGAGAUGUUAACACUAUUAUGGAUCCUGAAAUACAUGCUCAAGUGUUUGAUUACUUGUGUGAACUUUGGCAGAAUUUAGCCAAGAUUAGAGAUAAUCUUGGCAUUUCAACUGAUAAUAUGACCUCACCCCCUCCACCAGUUUUAAUACCUCCUCUGAGAAUCCUUACUCCUUGGCUUUUCAAGGCAACUAUGUUGACUGAUAAAUAUAAGCAAGGCAAGUUACAUGCCUAUAAACUUAUUUGCAACACAAUGAAAAGAAGACAAGAUGUAUCGCCAAAUAGAGACUUUUUAACACACUUCUAUAAUAUAAUGCAUUGCGGACUACUCCAUGUUGAUCAGGAUAUUGUUAAUACAAUCAUCAAGCACUGCUCCCCUCAGUUUUUUUCACUUGGUUUGCCUGGUGCCACAAUGCUUAUUAUGGAUUUUAUUGUAGCAGCUGGUAGAGUAGCUUCUUCAGCAUUUCUUAAUGCACCAAGAGUAGAAGCACAAGUUCUGCUGGGGUCCCUUGUUUGCUUUCCCAAUUUGUAUUGUGUACUACCAGCUCUUCAUCCAAACAUGCCUGAUAUUAUUAUGUCUCAAUUUACAGAUGUUAAGGAACUCAUAAUUAAAACUGUGUUAAGUUCAGCAAGAGAUGAACCCUCUGGUCCUGCAAGAUGUGUUGCUCUCUGUAGUUUAGGAAUUUGGAUCUGUGAAGAAUUAGUUCAUGAAUCUCAUCAUCCUCAAAUUAAGGAAGCUCUGAAUGUAAUUUGUGUUUCCUUAAAGUUUCCUAAUAAAACUGUAGCCCAUGUGGCUUGCAACAUGCUUCAUAUGCUGAUUCAAUAUGUACAUAGGCUUCAGAUUUAUCAGCCAGAUUCCCCCUUGAAAAUUAUUCAAAUACUGAUAGCCACUGUAACUCACCUUUUACCCAGUACAGAAGCCUCAUCUUAUGAAAUUGACAAGCGGUUGGUGGUAUCGUUACUUUUGUGUUUAUUGGACUGGAUCAUGGCCUUGCCUUUAAAGACUCUACUCCAGCCAGUUCAUACCACAGGAGCUGAAAAUGAUAAAACAGAAAAGUCUGUCCUCAAUUGUAUUUAUAAGGUUCUUCAUGGGUGUGUUUAUGGAGCUCAAUGUUUCAGCAAUCCUAAGUAUUUUCCCCUAAGCCUCUCUGAUUUGGCUUCAAUUGAUUAUGAUCCUUUCAUGCAUUUGGAAAGUCUGAAAGAGCCUGAACCUCUUCAUUCCCCUGAUUCAGAACGAUCUUCAAAACUCCAGCCAGUCACAGAAGUAAAAACUCAGAUUCAACAAGGAUUAAUCUCAGUUGCAGCUCGUACUGUUAUAACACACCUGGUAAACCACUUAGGUCACUAUCCAAUGAAUGGUGGUCCUGCUAUGCUAACAAGUCAAGUUUGUGAAAAUCAUGACAAUCAUUACAGUGAAAGUUCUGAACUUUCUCCUGAGCUUUUUGAGAGUCCAAAUCUCCAAUUUUUUGUAUUGAACAACACGACAUUGGUAUCCUGUAUCCAGAUAAGAUCAGAAGAGAAUAUGCCUGGAGGAGGAUUAUGUGCUGGGCUCACUUCAGCUAAUUCAAAUGUCAGAAUUAUAGUUCGUGAUCUGUCAGGUAAAUAUUCGUGGGACUCUGCCAUCCUUUAUGGAUCACCUUCUGUAAGAUAUUCUUCAGAGCCAGUGUCAUUCAUGCUUUCAUUGUCUAACCAAGAGAAGCCAGAAGAUACUCCAACUUCUAGUGACAAUCUAGAGGAUGUAACUGUUAGAGAUGGACUUGCACUCCAGAUUAAGAGGAGAUUCAGAGAAACAGUGCCAACUUGGGAUACAAUAAGAGAUGAAGAGGAUGUUCUUGAUGAGCUCCUCCAAUAUUUAGGUGUUACUAGUCCUGAAUGCUUACAAAGGACUGGUGUCUCACUCAACAUUCCUGCACCACAACCUGUAUGCAUCUCUGAAAAACAAGAAAACGAUGUUAUCAAUGCCAUCCUUAAGCAGUACACAGAAGAGAGGGAAUUUGUUGAAAAGUACUUUAAUGACUUAAAUAUGAAAGCUGUGGAACAAGAUGAACCAACACCUCAGAAGCCUCAGUCAGCAUUUUAUUAUUGCAGAUUGCUCCUCAGUAUAUUGGGAAUGAAUUCCUGGGACAAAAGGAGGAGCUUUCAUCUCCUGAAGAAAAAUGAAAAACUACUUAGGGAACUUAGAAACUUGGACUCAAGACAGUGCCGAGAGACACACAAGAUUGCUGUAUUUUAUGUGGCCGAGGGACAAGAAGAUAAGCACUCCAUUCUCACUAAUACUGGAGGAAGUCAGGCAUAUGAGGAUUUUGUAGCUGGUCUUGGUUGGGAGGUAAAUCUAACAAAUCACUGUGGUUUUAUGGGAGGAUUGCAAAAAAACAAAAGCACUGGAUUGACCACUCCAUAUUUUGCUACUUCUACAGUAGAAGUAAUGUUUCACGUCUCAACACGCAUGCCUUCUGAUUCUGAUGACUCUUUAACCAAAAAAUUGCGACACUUAGGAAAUGAUGAAGUGCACAUUGUUUGGUCAGAGCAUACUAGAGACUAUAGAAGAGGAAUCAUCCCUACAGAAUUUGGUGAUGUCCUUAUUGUAAUAUAUCCAAUGAAAAACCACAUGUUCAGUAUCCAGAUAAUGAAAAAACCUGAGGUUCCAUUCUUCGGUCCACUUUUUGACGGUGCUAUUGUAAAUGGAAAAAUCCUUCCCAUCAUGGUUCGAGCAACAGCUAUAAACGCAAGCCGUGCAUUGAAAUCAUUGAUCCCAUUGUACCAAAAUUUCUAUGAAGAGAGAGCACGGUACCUGCAAUCAAUUGUCCAACACCAUCUGGAGCCAACCACAUUUGAGGAUUUUGCUGCACAAGUUUUCUCUCCAGCUCCGUAUCACCACUCAACAUCUGAUACAGUUGGCUCCUGCCCGGAGACUCUAUCCAGUGAAACUCCAACAGCAUCGCAGAUGGAUGGGACCGACUUAGCUUCUCCAAUGUCUCCACGAACCAGCAAGAGCCGAAUGUCUAUGAAGCUUCGCCGCUCCUCUGGCUCUGCCAAUAAAUCCUAAGGAGACAAGCAACUCUGCAGCUUUUUUGAACGAUGAACAUUAGUCUUGAGCAGUUGAAUUAGCACUGACUAUAUUUUCCUCCAGAAUUUAGCCAGAACCAUCACACACAUGCUUCUUCCUUGUACACUUAUUUUAGAAAACACUAAUAUUUUAUUUGUAACUUAAUAUUUUAGCUUCGAGAUUGCUGUGGGAUUUUUAGUUACACUCUAAGCUUCCACUUUUUUAGGUGCAGUUUAUAUACUGUACCCUUUAAUUUUCUUGAUAAUUAUGUCUAAAUUGUCACUUUUAAUUCCAUGGUUAACAGUGAACCAAAAUGUAAUUGGAGAAAAUUAUCUCACUUAUUUAUUGUGCCCCCAUUGUAACUUUCUUAGCAAGCUAAAUAUGUACAAUUUUUUUAAAUGUACAAUUUUAAAUUUAAGCAUUUGUAAAGUCCAAGCAAAAGACACAAAUUUGUUCAUACACAGGAUGUGUAUAGAUUAUUUAUGUUAUGAAAAUAAAAUAAUUAUAAUAAAUGGUCUUUUAGUAUUUUAGUUUUCACUUGAAAAUUUUUUUUAGUAUUAGGUUUUCUUUCCCAAAACAGUAUGUCAUUUCCUAGCCAUGUGGGUAAUACCAUGACA